AUGAUCUUCGAACCAGCAGAAAGGAUUCUGCUUCCAACAAAUGACCUAUUGUCGUACACUUUUGACGAACCAACAUACGACCAAGACCAGCCACUCUACGUCGACGUCAGCAAUCCCACCCGGUCGAUCUCCUGUAAUCAGGCGCGAAAGCUCGUUCGUCGGCUCAUUGCCGGUCUACGGGCAGCUGGUCUGAAGAAAGGCGACUGUGUUCUCAUCCAUUCUUUCAACGAUAUAAACUACAGCAUUCUUGUGUUGGCCAUUAUUGGAGCUGGAGGAAUUUUCACGGGCUCAAACCCAUCUUACACCCCACAUGAGCUCGCUCACCAUAUCCGGGCUUCCGAAAGCAAGUUCCUUUUCUCCGAGCCCGAGAUCUUGGAUUCUCUCCUACGCGCGGCUGGGGAGGUAAAUGUGCCCAAACAAAAUGUUUGGGUUUUUGACAAUCUGGGACAAGCUAUUCCUGGUGGAAUGCGAUCAUGGAAAGAAUUGUUAGAAGUUGGCGAGGAGAAUUGGGUGCGAUUCAACGAUCUAGAAACCUGCCAACAGACUACAGCAGCGAGACUGUUUAGCAGUGGCACCACUGGUCUGCCCAAAGCCGUGACAAUCACACAUUACAAUCUCAUUGCACAGCAUGAGGUUGUUUACGGCGUGAAUCCACGUCCUUAUCCUAUUUCCCGGGUCAUUGCAGUACCCGUCUUUCAUGCAGCUAUAGCUCCAGUAACGCAUGUUUCGACACUGAAAGCUGGCGCAGUCGUAUAUAUGAUGCGCCGGUUCGAUCUCGAGACUUACCUCACUACAGUCGAAAAGUACAACGUCACCGAUCUUUCUCUUGUUCCACCGAUCGUGAUAGCAAUCCUGAUGUCGCCUCUUUCUCGGAAGAAACCCUAUCUGCAAAAGGCCCGAAUUGCAGGUUGUGGAGCAGCUCCUUUGGAUAAGAAUGUCCAAGCCAGGUUCCGCUCACUGAUGGGUGACAACAAGCCAUUCACUCAGGUAUGGGGUAUGACUGAAACAUGUUGUAUCGGUACCAACUUUCCCUACCCCGAGCACGAUGAUACGGGCUCUGUUGGCCGGCUUGUCCCAAACCUUGAAGCUAAACUCAUCGAUGAAAAAGGAGAGAAUAUCUCGGCCUUUGAUGUCCGUGGGGAGCUGUGUGUCCGAGGUCCGACAAUUACACCCGGGUAUUUCAACAACCCCGGAGCUAAUACCGAGGCCUUUGAUUCCGAGGGCUGGUUCAAAACGGGCGACAUAGCGUAUUGUGACCAGCGUACUCGCAAAUGGUAUAUUGUGGAUCGCAGGAAGGAACUGAUCAAAGUCCGCGGCUUCCAGGUGGCCCCACCGGAGAUUGAGGCAGCGCUCUUGUCGCAUCCGCAGAUUGUGGACGCAGCAGUCAUUGGAAUUACUUUCCCUGGUACUGAUAUCGAGUACCCACGUGCCUACGUGGUUCGACGACCUGGCGAGGCAGGGUCUAAGCUUACAGAAGCUGAGAUUCAAGAAUAUGUUUUGACUCGCCUUGCGAAAUACAAAGCACUCACAGGUGGGGUGAAAUUUGUGGGCGCGGUUGCACGGAAUCCGAGUGGGAAGAUGUUGAAGAGAGUAUUGCGCGAAGAUGCCAAGAAGGAAAUCGAGGCUGGGCUACUGAAGGCUAAGCUAUAA